AAAAAAAUUUUGCUUUGCUAUUUCCAUUCAUGUUCCAUUGUACAUCACAUUUCAUAGGCUAUUAUUUCCUAUUACCACUCAUAUAUCAUUUCUACAAAUAUCCACAAAUAACAAUUUUUGCCCAAAUGGAUUUUCCACCACCGGACUUUUUCGCCGGCGUUUCCGACGGAAGACCAUCUCCGACCCGGAGAGAACUACAAGGUCCUCGUCCAGCUCCUCUUAAAGUCAACAAAGAUUCCUACAAGAUCAAAAAACCUCCGGUCGCUCCUCCGCCGCAUCCUCCACCACAUACCGCCGCGGUAGCCCCGGCGGCAACGACCCAAAACCCCCAAACGGUGAUUAUCUACGCUGUUUCGCCGAAAGUGUAUCACACGACGGUUAGUGACUUUAUGAGUGUUGUACAAAGACUUACUGGAUCUACUACUUCCUCGAUGGAAACAUCGACAUCUGGGUCGGGUUCGGGUUCGGGUUCUGGUGAUGGGAAUUUAUCGCCGGCGGCGAAAUUGGCAUCUAUGGAAAAAGCUAGUAGUCCAUCUACUACUGUUCCUCCGCCUGCUGCUGCUGCUGUUGGUAUGGAAAGUUUUGAUUCGAUGGAUAUUUUGGAUAUACUCGGAAAUUCAAGCGUAGAAAUGUGUCAGAUCCCGGGGAUUUUAUCGCCGGCGCCGGCGACUUUACCGCCAGUAUCGCCGCCGGGAUUAUUUUCUCCGUUUCCGACGGAUCCGUUUAUGAUUAUGUUAAGUCCAAGUCCGUCAACGUUGUUUUCAGCUCCGUUGAUUUCGCCGUCUCCGUCAGCUUCUGAUCUAUUCCAUCCAUUCUUUGACUUUUAGGUAGUUAAUUUAAUUUUUUUUAUUUUACUUUAUAAAAAAAAAAUUAUUUUUAUUUUGGAGGUUCAAGUAAAAUUAAUGUAAUUUUUUAGAAUAUGAUGAGGUUUAACUUUUUCAUUUUAUUUGCUCAUAAAAACAUUGUUGUUUGUACAAUAAUGUAAAUUUUUCCACAAUUUUAGUGGGGAUUCAAUGACAAUUGUAUCAUAGUUGAAAAUUUUCUUUUAUGUUCACAUUGUAGCUUUCCAAUUGGGAGCUUAGUUGGUUUAGCAAA